GACACCCCAGUGCUGAGGGAGAGGAAGAGGCUGGCCAGGAAGCCGGGGAUCCUCACCCCAGCUCUGGGUGGUCCAUCUGGCCUCUGGCCCACAGGACCUUUGGUGGAGCUCCAGCAGCGAGGGACUUCGGAGCCCUGCUCUGCCCAUGAAGGGGGUCAGGGCUCCUAGGGGCUCGGGCAGGUCUCCAGUGCCCCCUCAAAGGUCCCCUCUCCGGAAAUUCCAGUUAGACUGGCCUAAGUCUGGGGUGAUCAGUCCCCCAUUUACAGGUGGGGAAACUAGCUAAGGGGAGAAGGCUGAGCUGGGAGGAGCUGGAACUCAGCGCUCCUGGCUUCUGAGACAAGACACGUUUUUGUGUUCUCCUGUGUUGUUUUUUUUUCAUCCUAAUGUUCCAAUGACAAUAGUCUUUCCUGAUCAUUGAGAAAAAUGAGGAACAUACCAUAAGGCCAAGGGAGGACAUAAACUGCCCCUGGACAGGCCCAUUUUGCAGGCUGGCACGUGGCCCCCACCCCACCCACCUGCUCACCCGGGAACCCCCUCUCCUGCUGUCACCAGGGCAGGGGGAAGAAGUGCCUCCAGAGGGAGCCUUCCUGAAGACAAGUCCCAGCAGAGGCGGCUGCGAUGGGUGCUGGCGGCCCCCGGCGGGACGCGGGGCCCCCCGACGGCGGCUGGGGCUGGGCGGUGCUGGCCGCCUGCUUCGUGGUCACCGGCUUCGCCUACGGCUUCCCCAAGGCCGUGAGCGUCUUCUUCCGCGCCCUCAUGCGCGACUUCGGCGCCGGCUACAGCGACACAGCCUGGGUGUCCUCCAUCAUGCUCGCCAUGCUCUACGGCACCGGCCCCGUGUCCAGCGUCCUCGUGACCCGCUUUGGCUGCCGCCCAGUGAUGCUGGUGGGUGGGCUGUUGGCUUCGGCAGGCAUGGUCCUGGCCUCCUUUACCACGCGCCUCCUGGAGCUGUACCUGACGGCUGGGGUGCUCACAGGCCUGGGCUUGGCCCUCAACUUCCAGCCAUCGCUCAUCAUGCUGGGGCUGUACUUCGAGCGGCGGCGGCCUCUGGCCAACGGGCUGGCGGCGGCGGGCAGUCCCGUUUUCCUGUCGGCGCUGUCGCCGCUCGGCCAGCGGCUGCUCGAGAGCUUCGGCUGGCGCGGCGGCUUCCUGCUGCUCGGCGGCCUCCUGCUGCACUGCUGCGCGUGUGGCGCCGUCAUGCGGCCGCCCCCGGGGCCCGGUCCGCGGCCGCGCAAGGACGGCGUCGGGGGCGCUGCGGGUGAGGAGGAGGAGGGCCGAGCCAAGCUGCGCCUGCGCGGGGCGCCCCCUGGCGGCCAAGCCCGCGGGCGCCUGCUGGAUGUGGCGGUGUGCGCCGACCGCGCCUUCGCGGUGUACGCGGUCACCAAGUUCCUGAUGGCGCUCGGGCUCUUCGUGCCCGCCAUCCUGCUGGUGAACUACGCCAAGGACGCGGGCGUGCCCGACGCCGACGCCGCCUUCCUGCUGUCCAUCGUGGGCUUCGUGGACAUCGUGGCGCGGCCGGCGUGCGGCGCCCUGGCGGGGCUGGCGCGCCUGCGUCCGCGCGUCGCCUACCUCUUCAGCCUGGCCCUGCUGGCCAAUGGGCUCAUAGACCUGGGCAGCGCGCACGCGCGCUCCUACGGCUCCCUCAUCGCCUUCUGCGUCGCCUUCGGCCUCUCCUACGGCAUGGUGGGCGCGCUGCAGUUCGAGGUGCUCAUGGCGGCGGUGGGCGCGCACCGCUUCCCCAGUGCUCUGGGCCUGGUGCUGCUCGUCGAGGCCGUGGCGGUGCUCAUCGGACCGCCCUCUGCCGGCCGCCUGGUGGACACCCUGAAGAACUAUGAGAUUAUCUUCUACCUGGCCGGCUCCGAGGUGGUCCUAGCUGGGCUCUUCAUGGCAGCUGCCACCCACUGUUGCCUGCACCGUCCACGGGAUGCCCCAGCCAGCCGGGGCGCUGAGCACCACACAGAGGAUGCUGAGGCCGAAGGGGACUCUGAGGCUGAAGGGGACCCUGAGACCCUCCCCGCGGGCGACGUGGAGCCCAGCAGCCUGGAGAUGCUGAGUCCCUGGGCCAGGCCUGCCAAACCCGAGGUGGUUGCUGAGUCCUGAGCCUGUGCAGUGCGGGGCGCACUAGGCUGGGUGGCCAGGUGACUUCGGGAAAGGGGCUUACCUCUCAGAGCCCCAGCUGCCGGCCUGGCACACUGGGAAGCUCGUCUGAGGUGGCCACCCCUGGGCCCCAAGUCAGGGGUCUGUCUGAUUCCUUGGGUGUCAGGAGAACUCCCUUCCCCAUCUGCCCAGGAUCUUCCUCCCCCUCGGGGAAGACUGUUGUGGUUGGACAGUCAUAAAGCUCAGCUGAAAGGGCCAAAGGACAGGAGGUUCUGUUCCCGCGCCAAGAUGGGGUGGGGUGGGGGUCGGAAGGAGACUGAGAAGGUUCCAGGGACCUCUGACCCAGAUUUCCAGUCAAGAGGAGUUAGGGGAGGGAGCUUCAGGGAUGGAGAGUUGGGAGGGGAGAGGGGGAUUAUUCCCAGAGACCUGAGGGGUUUGAUGGCGCAAUGCUAGGGCUCUGCUU